AUGAACCGAACCGUGUGGAGGUUGCUUGCCUCCGCGGCCUUCUUGGCCGUGCCGGCUGCGGCAGCGGAUGCUCGCCGCAGCUGUGAGUGCGAGGGCAUCGAUGAUUGGAAUGAUCCAGCUUUCUCCAGGUGUGAUUGGUGGGGCGACGUCCACAUCACGGACAGCUGGCGAUCUCCCAAUGUCUUCGACUUCCAGGGCUACGGUGUCUACAGCUUUGCUUCCUCUACCGAGUGCGGCGGGGACUUCGAGCUGCAGAUCUUCCAGUGCCCGUACAGCAAGAACAGCAAUGCGGUGGCCAUUGGCGUCGCGAUGAAGGUGAACGAUGGGGACGUGGUGGUGAUCGCCAACGACACGGUGUCCAACCCCGAUGGCGCCAGCGUCGUCCCGCCCGCGUUCGAGAGCCUCAAGAAGGGUGUCAGCAUUGUCAGUGAUGACAAGUGUGUGAGACUCAACGUCAACACCAAGCUCCUCAGGAGGGCACCUCGCUUGUUGCACAAUGGUAACUUGCGUGUGAUCAGCCAUGCUACAACCAGCGAGGGCAUUUGUGGAGCUCCCACCUUCGGCGGCUCCUACAUUGCCCCUGGCGAGGACAUGCUCUUCCCUGACGCGACCUUCCAGGAGAUGUGUUCCUUCUGCGAGUCCGAGACCGGCGUCUCUGUCCCAGGAUGUGGCCCUCCUCAAAACCCUCAACAGCCAGAGAUUGAGCCGGGUUGCGAGUUCAUGGACCUCCGAAACACUGGCCGGAUUGUUGAGCAGUGCUCUGGCGACGAGGACCCCGUGAUCGAGGAGGCCAAGGCAGAUGGUGAGAACUGUGUUGCCUACGUCCGUAUGAACAAGCAGAUCUCCUGCGCGGACUUCUGCGAGGAGAGGGACUCCACAUGCGUGAUGGCCAUUGACCAGCCAAACGGGCAGAGGUGCGUAUCCACCGUGGGCAGCCUAGACGAGAUUGACACCAACACAGUGAACUGUCAAACCAAGCAGUUCCGAGAUCUUCAGUGUGUCUGCACGAAGCCGGGGAAUCCGGCUCCAGGACCAACACCCGAAGAGGCCUGCGCCAACCUACCCGAUGGCUUCACUUUGCAGGAUGCUGCAAAUCUUUGCCGCACCGCUGUGGACUUCCUGGCCGGCGUGGCUUACCCGGGCACCGCGACUUCUGGCGAUGCUAAGGCCAAGGAGGACAUCUUGCGCGCCUGCAUCCUGGAUGUGUGCUCCGCAGAGCCUGAGGACCGCGACGAGAUUGCGGACAAUGUCAACGACCAGGGAGUAGUGGAAGUGGAGUCCCUCCCCGAUGGCACCACCCGCCUUGCCUACAGCCUGACCGGCCUCGACCCCGCCUGCGAUGGCCCGUGCACCGGCACCAGCUGCGAUGAACCAACGGGCCCUCAUUUCUGGGACAGCGCCGCUGGGUACGACUCCAGCACGGACCCAGCAAACGUACUUUCCGAGAUUGUGGAGGCAGGCCUUUCCAACGAGGACGUCUUGGGACGUGCGGUAGUGAUCCACGAUGUGACCGGUGCGCGCAUCGCAUGUGGCAUCAUUGAGCCCUCCACCACCACGGUCUUCGAGGAAUUCCCUGGCUACAGCGGGGAUUUGCCUGUGACAUCUGGUGGGGUGCAGGUGUUGUCUGACGAUGGCGAUGGCACGCAGACGCUCAGCUGGAUCUUCACUCAGGGCGUCGACCCGCGGUGCACCUCAGCCGGUCCGGCGGCCAACAGCUGCAGUGUCCAAAUCUUUGAUGGCACCAGCCCCGACGCACCCGGCAACCCUUACUGGAACCAGGGCGACAUCCCCCAGAACCCUUGGCCGCAGGUGCGUUAUGUGAUUCAAGGUUCCCUCCCAACGGCAGUGAAUGACGUCGAGGUGACGACGGGCCUUACCUCCGCGGACAUCGAUGGUCGUGUUGUGGUGGUCUACGACUACGACGGCGUCCCCGUCGGCAUUGCCAUCAUCGAGCUGCCAGAGGACGUUCCUGAGCCGGCGGAGGGUGAUGACCUGUACGUCUUCGACUUCAGCCCGUACCCUGGCUCCUCCUCGCCCUACCAGCCGACCGGGGUGGUGGAAGUGAAGUCUACGGACAAUGGUCUGACCCAGCUCUCAUGGAGCCUCACCAACGUUGAUCCCAGCUGCAGUAGCGACUGCACCGGGACCAAUUGCUGUGGCAUCACGAUUAAUGAAGGCAUGAGCUGCAGCGACGCGGGAGCAACCUAUUGGGCCGGAGAUGACGGCAACCCUUGGGGUUCCGUCAAGUACGACUCCAGCACGGACCCAGCGAACCAGCUUUUCCUCAGCGUCGACACUGGCCUCGCACGUGCCGACGUCUUGGGCCGGACCAUGGUGAUCUAUGACGCGACUGGUGCUCCCAUUGCCUGCGGUAUCAUCGAG